GAUCCGUCUUCUUCUUCGGCAAACAACCCUUUCUCGACUCGAUCGCAGCAGAGAUCCGUAGAACAAACGAGAGUGAAUUUCCCGUCCGCGCCGUGUGCGGGUUCCCGAGUGAAAGUUGGCCAUCUUGCAUCAAUCGGACACGAUCAAAACUGUGCGUGCGUGCGGUUGUCUGUUUUGUAUGUUCCGCGGCCAAUUUGUUGUGCGAACGAACUGGGUACGUGAUCUCGUAGCGUAAACGCGUGUAAGUGAGUGAGUGUGUUUGGCGAUCGAAAACAUUCGCACGAAGAAGAAAAUCAACGGGAAAACCGGUUUCGGGAAAAGGUUUACCAAAAAAAAAAAACACACAGUUUGAUCCACCGAUCCGUGCGCACCACGUCAAUGCACAUUCAUCCGAGCUCGCCCAAUUCGUCGCAGUCGGAGGACGACGCGGCCACGAAAAUCCAGGCCGGAUUCCGUGGCUACCGGGUGCGCCAACAGCUGCGCCAGGGUGGUAAGGGGGGCGGAACCAUGGCCAACGGUGGUCCGAUGACGGGCUCGGCUUCGGGAGCGGCCGUCAGCGGGCGCAACGCGACAGGCGCGGUGGCCGGCAGUUCCGGCACGGUGGAGGACAAAUCGGCCACCAAGAUACAGGCCAACGUGCGAGGCUUUCUGGCGCGCAAGAAGCAGAAAAUGGCGUCCGAUGCGGCCACCAAGAUCCAGGCCAGCUUCCGUGGCUUCAAGACGCGGAAGGAGCUGAAGACGAUCAAGAAGGACAAAUAGAGACGGCCGCACUGGUGGUGGUUCGGUCUCUGCGUCGGGAUGGUACGAUCGGACGAACCGUGAAGCCGCCGCCGUCGCUGGCCGAACGCUGGGCGCCGCGCCCCUCUCGUUCGAGGGGCCUUCCUUCUUCUUCUUCCGGAUGCUGGGGUUGUGAUACGAUCGUUUGCCGGGACAACAACACAAACUAACGCGAGAAGUAGCUGGGAAGAAAACAGGGUGUAGGUAGAGGCUGACCUUAAGCGCUACGGCACGGGGGCGAAGGAACGAAACAAGAAAGAAGGUCACAUUGGAUGGCUCGUGAAGACCUCCACCGCUGACGAUGGUUCGCGAGGGGCGGUGCGGUGGGAGAGGUGUGCCUAGCGCAGUUUAUGCGCGCCGCGCUGUGUUUGUGUCGGGUCUAGCUUUAGAAUUCAAAACAAUUUUUUUUAUAUACUCUACGUUUUUUACUGUCUCAUCAGCCCACGAACGGGGAAAAGUGCCCACGAGGGUGGCGCGCGCCGAUUGUUUAUCUCCGCCCGAAUUGAUCGUUUCGUUCUUCAGCGCAGGGUUUUCGUAGUAUAAGAAAAAAUACCAAACCCAAAAACCAUGCUGGUGUUUGUGAACAAAAGCCGUUAAAGACCCCUGCUGCUGCUGGUGAUCGGACUGUUUGUUUUUGUUUUUCGUUCAGCUUAUGGUCUCCCGCGCGGCCAGCAUCUUUUUUGGUGCCAGAGUUGCCACCACCGCGCGAAGAAUUAUUCAUGAGACCCCA